AUGUCCAAAUCACACUCAGGAACACUACAUGAAUAUGCCCCCAAGCUAGUCGCUUUCGAGUUCACCACCUCCACAUCCCGAAAACCACACAGUCUCAUCUUCAUCGGCGGUCUGACAGACGGCCUUUGCACCGUGCCCUACGUAGCACCCCUCGCCGCCGCCCUCGAACCAACCGACUGGUCCGUCUUCCAAGCCCAGCUCUCCUCAUCCUUCGGCGGCUGGGGUAUCGGCAGUCUUGACAAGGAUGUCGAGGAGAUUGCAAAAUGCAUUGACUUCGUCCGCAGCCUCAAGGCCUCCUCCGCCUCGGGAUCGGCAUCGGCGCCAGGGAAGAUUGUCAUCAUGGGCCAUUCGACCGGAAGCCAGGACGUGUUGCACUACCUCUAUACUCAGGGAGACCGUCCUGUAGUAGACGGUGCGAUCCUGCAAGCGCCAGUGUCCGAUCGUGAAGCCAUGCUCGCUGAAAUGCGCAAGCCAGGCGAUGUGGGUGCCGAGGCAAAGGGCUCGUGGGAGCAGCUGGUUUCGCUGGCACGGCAGGCUCCCGUAGGUGAUAUCAUUCUACCGCUGAAUCUCAGCAGCAAGGUUGGCUUGCCGCCUGAUCCUGUCAGUGCACGGCGGUUCCUGAGUCUGGCGAGCCCGGAUAGUCCUGACAGGCCGGCGGAGGAUGAUCUGUUUAGCUCAGAUUUGACGGAUCAGCGCCUGCGCGAGACGUUUGGGGCCGUGGCGACGCGGGGGCUAUUAAGGUCCAAGCUGCUGGUGCUGUACUCGGGGAAUGACGAGUUUGCGGCACCUUGGGUGGACAAGAAGGCGCUGAUGGCGCGGUGGAGAGAGGCGACUGAGGCUCUGAAGCCUGGGACGUGGGAUCAGAAUAGCGGGGUCAUACCGGGGGCCAGCCACAAUGUCAAGGACCAGGGGCAGGCUGAUCUUACUGAGCGCGUUACUCGCUAUCUGAAGAGUAUCUAG